AGGAAGGGGCUGGCUAUCCCACGUGUUCUCUGCUCUCUGUACCUUGUCUGAUCGGCUGUACGGAGACAUCAUGCCCACCUUCGAGCUUUUCACUAACGUGCCCAAGGAUGCCAUUCCUGAGGACCUGCUGUGUAGUCUGACCGAGCAGCUGGCCAAGGCCACGGGCAAGCCGGCAGAGUACAUUGCUGUGCAUAUUCAGCCAGAUCAAAUGAUGAGCUUUGGUGGCUCCACGGAGCCUUGUGCUCUUUGUUCCCUGAAAAGUAUUGGCAAGAUUGGAGGUCCGCAGAACAAGACGUACACCAAGUUACUGAGUGGUAUACUAAGCAGCCGUCUGCAUAUCUCCCCUGACAGGGUUUACAUCAAUUAUUACGAUUUAAAUCCUGCUAAUGUGGGCUGGAACAAUUCUACCUUUGCUUAAUUCGACCUGUCGGUGUCUCUGGCCAGAUAAACCAAGAACAACCACAGCAGAAUAACAAGACUACUCUUCUGUAAUACAUUCCCUGUUUAAUAAACUGCUUUAUGAAAUAAA